AUGCUCUCAAUAUCACCUCCAGCUCCUGGAGCAACCUUUCCGAAAAGAUCCAUCCACACCAUGUCUGGAUUCUCCAUCUGGGUGGAGCUCAAUGAGCAGAAAUUCAGAGAAAACCAUCAAAAUUGCACGGAAUCUCAGCUAAUGCAAAAAAUGAAAUAUUUCUGGAGAGCAAAAAUGUUGAACGAGGAGAAACAGGAGUUUAAUCGGCUCUGUGAGCAGAGGAAACGAGAAAUUGAAAUGGAGAAAACGAGACUUGCUGAGGAGAGGCUUCGAGAAAAGAAUCCGAAUUAUGUCUGUCGAGAAAUUCAACAAAGACCGAGAAUCGCGGCUCCGAGAGCUCGGAGAGAGGAGUUUGUGCAGAAGUUGGAUGAGCAAUGGAAUCAGUUGCCGGAAGACACAAAGAAGCCGUUUUUAGAAAAGUAUCAGGAGAUUAGAAAUGCACAAAAUGAGAACCAACAAGGCCAAAGAAUGUCUCCUCCUGCCUAUUUUCCAUCAAAUUCUAGACCAAACCCACUUCAGGAGACUCAAAGGAAUUUCCAGCAACAAAAUCCGAAUCAGAACUCCAGACAAAUGAAUUUCCAAGAGCCAGAAAUGAAUUUUCAGCAAAACCACAAUCAGAAUUCCAGACAAACACAUUUCGAAGAAUCCCGAAUUCCAGAAAUUCGAAAUUCUCAGAAUAUCCCACAAGGAAUUCCAGUGAGAAUUGUGAAAAUCAGAAGAGUGGUUUUGAAAAAUCAACAUGGCCAGAGAAUCCAAAAUCACGGGAAUGGAAAUUUGAGAUUCGUGUCGAAAAAUCCCCAAAACCAUGGACCACGACUAGAGCAUCUAGAUGCUCCAGAAUACUCUCAACUUGAUCCAACACCGGAAAACGACGGUUUCAACCAUCCAGAAGAACAAUUCCUAACUCAAAAUGGUCCAAAAUUAUAUAAAAUUGUGAAAAAUGGGCAUCCAGUGGCUCAUAACAACCAAAAUCACCAAUUUCAAAACUCCAGAGCUCAUUUUAACGGCUCAAAGCGUCCAAAUCAAGAUUUUUCGAAUAAUUAUGAUGCUCCAGAAUACAGUAAUCAAGCAUUUGAGGAUUUCAGAGAAGUUGGAGCUUUCAAAAAUGCUCCAGAGGCUUCAGGAGCUUUAGAAUAUGCACAAAAUGGACAUCUACAGUACACUGUACAAAACUCUAAUGCUCCAAUUAAGAUGAGCAAUGCUGAAAAUUAUCCAGAAUACGGUAAUCAAGAAUCUGAAGCCGUCCAGAAAGUUCCAAUGGCUCCAGAUGUCAAAAGAAGAAGAGUAAACGAAACUAUUCAAAUUCAUGAUGCUAGGAGAAUCAAUAGAAGCAAUAAUAAUUAUCAAUAUUCCGAUUCUGAAGCUUCCACGUCUUCAGAAUACACUUCAAAUUCCGAAAAUUCGAAAUUCUCUCCAAUUUCCCACAGUUGUCAAACAGUCCAACGGAACGUAAACCAAUACGGUCAAAACGAUCAAUGCUCGAACUCUAUUGCUCAGCCAGAGGCUCCAAAGUUUUAUUGGAGUUCUACAGACUCCAAAAAUGCUCCAGAAGAUGCUCCAGGAUUUUCAGAAGAAUUCAAAUCAGAAUUCGAUGCUUAUCAGAAAUUUCAAAUGGAGCCAGAAUUUCAAAAUUCGAAUGCUCAAGCUCCUGAAAAUGAAUUUUUGACUCCAGAUGCUCCAAAAUCCUUCUCAAUGGAUUCAGAAUUUGAAAAUUCGAAUCUUGAACAUCAAGAAAAUGAAUUUUCGGCUCCAGAUGCACCAAAAUCCUACAGCAGGAAAUACGAAAAUUGGCCUACUGUCGAUCCCAAUGAGCGGAUUUUAUUCGAUUUGCCAGAUGGACCAAUUUGGAUGUGA